AUUGCAUAUGCCAACAUCUCCAAAUGACAUUGUUUAGUCGAAUUUUCUCCUUCCAUCUUAACUUAAUGCCUUUAAAUGGAUUCCAUUUUGGCGAUGUUAAUUUUUGUCUGAAAAAAAAAAUACAAAAAUAGAAAUUAAGAUAAGAGAAGUUUGGCAUAUUAAUCAUAAUAAAGCAACUCUCGACAGCUUUUAUCACUCCUUCUUAUUUUUAUACCAAAACAUGAUAUUCGCGCUUAUCUGGAAAUUCCUUUUGACAUUGCCGUAAUUAGGAUAAUGACAAUCCAUAAACUUUUACUUUUCAUUCAUAAAAUUUUCCUUUCCACAAAACAUCAACUGCUUGUCUACAUCUGAACUUUUACACAAUAACACAGAAAAAUUCACUAUGGCUCAAUUUUUCAUUCAGAAAAAUUUUUCAACUAGUUUGAUCGAUACGAGUGAAAAAAAAGUGGGGAAUUCCUCAUAAAUCGGGCCACAAAGUGCACUCAUUCAGUUGCAGUGUGGAAGCUAAUCUAGUUGAUUAUGAAGGAAUCUAAACAUUUUUUAAGAGAUAAAUAAAUUAGCUUAAUUCCAUUAGUUGUUGAUACUUUCAAGUUUUUUUAAUUAAAAAUGUUGUCGUUAUCGCGAAUUAGGAAGAAACUUUUUUAAAGCUUUUAAGGAACAAUAAAGUCAAAAAAAGAUUUUUUUUUAUAAGAAACGAAAAUUAUUGAAAAAUGGGAAAUACAGAGAGUAAUGUUACAUCUGGUGUGAAAAAGCAGGCAGGAGUUUCCACACAAAAGCUUUAUAAACUUGUGAAUUUAAAAGGUGGUGGACUUCUUGUGGACAUGAUGAAAAGAGCAAUCAAUAAUAAGCAAUUUGCUGAAAUAGAUCAUGCAAUAAAGACUAAGGUUGAGCCAUUUUUAUACAAUAAAGGUCGUGGACGGUACAUUCCAAUCGCACAAAUAGUUAAGUUGAGAAAUUGUGAACGCCCAAGACAUAAGCAACUGCCAGAAAUACGAAUUUUAGAGAAUCCAGAAGAGGAUUAUGAUAUUGAAGCUGACUGUCCUGAAGUGAGCGAAGGAGACUUUUUAAUUAAUCCAUUAGGAUAUAGAGAAGUUGUGUGGGAUUUAAAGGAACGAGGUGCUGUAGGAGAAACAAUUCUUCAUUUAUGUUUCCUUAAUGCAACAUCUCUUCAUGCUGAUUUAGCAAAACGCUUAUUAAGAUUUUAUCCUAAUUUAAUUAACGAUGUGUACAUGUCUGAUGAAUAUUAUGGAGAGAGUGUAUUGCAUAUUGCAAUUGUCAAUGAAGAUCCAGCUGCUGUAAAAUUCCUUUUAGACAGUGGAGCAGAUAUUCAUGAGCGAUGUUAUGGUACUUUUAUGUCACCUGAGGAUCAAAAGGGAACACGGUACGAUGUUAUAGAACAUGAAGCUGUCUGUGUGAAUCCUUUCACUAAUUAUGAAGGCUAUGUCUACUGGGGUGAAUAUCCACUAAGCUUUGCAGCAUGUCUCAGUCAAGAAGAAUGUUAUCGAUUGGUACUAGCCAAGAAAGCAGAUCCUGAUAAUCAAGAUAUUAAUGGCAAUACAGUCCUCCACUUGCUUGUUAUUCAUGAGAAAUUAAGCACAUUCGAUAUGGCUUAUGAAACUGGUUCUGAUUUGUACAUUAAAAAUAAUUUAAAUUUGACUCCGUUGACGCUUGCCGCAAAAUUGGCAAGAGUCGAAAUGUUCUUCCAUAUACUUAACAUUGAUCGUGAAAUUUACUGGCAGUUGGGAUCGAUUACUUGUGCUGCCUAUCCACUUGAGCAACUUGACACAAUUGAUACGAAAACCGGAAAUAUUAAUAAGGAUUCGGCUUUAAAUCUUGUCGUGUUUGGGGAUAAAGACGAGCAUUUAGAUCUUCUCGAAGGCGUUCUGAUUGAUUUAUUGAAAACUAAGUGGAACUCAUUCGUCAAAGCUAAAUUUUAUCGCCAAUUCUAUUUCUUUAGUGUUUACUUUUUCAUUUCACUUUUCGCAUUUUUACUACGACCGAGAGCUAUCGGAGACGGUGAUGAUGAAUCACCAGUCAAUCGAAAUAGUACACAAACAGAUAUGAAUGCAAACGAUACAACAAGUUCACCUGUUAAGGCUCUUUUCGCGCACAAUUUGACGGAAAUUCUUUGCACAUACUCAACAUAUUCGGAAAAUGUCAUGCAAACGGAAAUAAGCAUGGUUAAUUCGUCGAUUAUAGAUGUUAAUUCAACGUUGCCAAUUAAUGAUGGAGAUGAAUGGACGUCAUUUUCUGAAUGCCCAUUACUUGAUAUAAGCACGCUUGAGAAUCGGAUAAAACUUAGCGCAGAAGCUCUCAUGGUAUUAGGUGCCUUAAUGUACAUCUUAUCAGCUUUACGUGAAGCUCGCUUUCUUGGCGCAAAAAUGUUUUUUGAAAAUCUAAGCACGGCUCCAUCGCGUGUACUAUUUUUAUUCUCAUGUUGGUUAAUGCUGACAAUACCACUUGUGAAAUUUUUAUGCCUACCCGAGCUAGAGGAUCAUAUUGCUGUUGCAAUUAUGUUGACGACAGCUCCUUAUUUCUUAUUCUUCUGCAGGGGAUUUAAGACAGUUGGACCUUUCGUUGUCAUGAUAUAUCGUAUGGUCGUGGGAGAUCUUUUGCGUUUUGUUACUAUUUAUAUGGUUUUUAUUAUGGGAUUUUCGCAAGCAUAUUACAUCGUCUUCCUAACAUUUGAUAACUCUGAAGAAGAAGAACCAGAACCUGAACUUAAUCCAAUCUCAUCGCCAAUGGAAAGCUUCAUAUCAAUGUUUCUUAUGUCACUUGGAAAUUUUGGUGAUUAUUAUGGUGGAAUGGAAUAUACAGCACAUGAAAUGCAGGCAAAGACUCUCUUUGUGCUGUUCAUGGCAAUAGUAGGCGUGCUUCUAAUCAACAUGUUGAUCGCUAUGAUGGGUAACACAUAUACAAAAAUUGCAGAAACUAAGAAUGAAUGGCAACGUCAAUGGGCUAGAAUUGUUCUUGUCGUUGAAAGAAGUGUGCCUCCUCACGAUCGACUUAAGAAUUUCAACCACUACAGUCAACUUAUGGCGGAUGGAAGGCCUGCAUUGAUUUUACGUUUGAAUAUGACAGAUGACGAGAAGGCAGAGAUGAAAGAAAUUUUAGAUAUGAAGCGUGUUCAUGACAAACUCUCAAAUAAACGCAAAACAGAGCGUGAAGCUCGUUUUCAAAAACUUGAAAUGGACCAUCAGCGUGGUCUCGAAUUGAAAGCAAAGGAGCGGAGAUAUGCAAAUGCAUAGGAAUAAAUUUUAACGAAUAAAAAAAAAAUAUAUUUCAACAUUAUCCAGUUAUAUAGAUUUAUAAAGCAAAAAAUAAUAUCAUUGAAAUAAAAAC